AUGGAAGAUACAAGUCCAAUAAAACAUAAACCUACAUCUAGAGUUAUCGACUCGUUACAUUCAGAGAUUGAUGCCUUGAAGAAUGAAUUAGAGAGUGUAAAGUCCUCACAUGAUAGUUACAAGAAGAACUUCACUGUUGUUUCUAAAAAAAAUGAUCUGUUUGUCGACCAAUUAGCAAAUGCUAAACAUGAAAACGAUAUGAUCAAUGCAUUAUUGAAAAGAAAAGAAAGAAGAAUUAUCGAUUUAGAAGAUCAAUACAACGAGUUAAGUUCAGCUAACGAAUCGCUUAGUUUAAACAACAAGAAUAUGAAGAUUAGAUGUGAGAAUUUGCAAGAAUCAUCAUCUUCGUCGAUUGCUGAAUACGAAAGAUUAAAGAUUGCUUAUGAUGCCUUAAUUGCGUCGCAGGUUGAAUACAAGAGACACUACGAAAAAGAACUUAAUAAUUUGACUUCAGAAUUUGAGCUCUACAAGAAACAAACCCUUGAAAAUUUCAACAAUUUAAGCGCCAAAUUAACUGACAAUGACAAAGAUAUCGAUACCUUAGUAGAGAGUUUAACAAAUAAGAGAAAAACAAUGGAUAAUCUUUAUGUCAAUAAAAAUAAAACUGUAUUGGAUUUUUUAUCAAAAUUGGCCAAAAUUGCUAAGCUUCAUGGGCAAGAAUCUAAAGCUAUAUUACAAGACAACGUUGAGAAUAUUAAGAAGUUGGUGGAAAAAUACCCUGAUUUACCAAUGAAAUUAAAUGCUCUUGAAGAUACCGAAAUUGAUCUUGAAAGUGUAAUUAACGAGUCUAAUGAUACAUUAUCGAACUCUUCUUUUGACGAUGAUACUACUCUUACAAGCUCUCCAGAUUUACUGAGUGACGCGCCCUUCAGCACUAAGAACUUGAGUAGAGGAAAUUCAAUUUCAAUGAAAAAAAGAAAGAACAAGAGGAAUUCGAUUAGAUUCGAUUCCAAGCAUAGUUCUGAUUUCAAUAAUCUGCUGCAUACUCAAGGUAAUGCACCUAGAAGAAAUUUAAGCAAUAAUAAAACUUCGAGAAGCACUUCCUCAGAAAUCAAUUCGAGGCUUCCAACACCUCCAUCGCAUAAUGACAAUGACACUGUUAAAGAUAUUAUUAAUGCUAAUAAUAUUAGUUAUCAAAAUCAAUUACAAAAUACCCAAAGGGUAAACAAUAGAAAUUCAAACAACAAAUCGAAAAGAAGAUCGAUGUAUGGAAAUAGCAAUAGCAAUAAUGGUCAAAAACCUGGUAGUAGACAAAGUUCGCUUAACAGAAACUUCAGCGAAGUUAGUAUAUAA